UCAAAUACAUCAUUAUGAAUUGACUUGAAUUGUCUGCCAAUUACAAUUUACACUUGAUUUUACAAUUUCCAAGUUAUCUACGAAGUCCAAAACGUAAACUAACAACGUCUUCAACACUAAAACUUCUAAUUUAAAUUAAACGAUAUAUUUAUCCAAGCUAUUGAGUCACUAAACCGAAGUACCCGUGACUACGUUAUUAUUACAAUUAGGUAUAUCGAGAUACGAGACGGAUACCAGCGAUGUCCGAUGAAAAUGUUGACAAAUGGGCAGGAGAAGCGCACAGCAGAGAUUCAGCCUUGUCAAGAAGUUGUUCUAGUUUUGAAAUGCUGGAUUCCCACGAUCCUGUUAUAAGUCGCUUGGCAACUAAUCUCUUUAAGAAGACAAAUGACUAUUUGCAGGGAGAAAUGGCUGCUGGGCAGGACUAUUAUACCCUACUGGAAGAAAUCAAUGGAUUAGCUACUUCCAAACAUGCUGAUGUACGGAACUUAGCUGUCAACCUUAGCAAAACACUGAAUGAAUAUAAUGAAAAGUAUGAUUCCCUGAUUGAGCCGCUGCUACAUCAUAUCGACCAAAUCGACGCUAAAGUUACAGCUAUGGAGGCAAACGCUUAUCGCUUGGAUAGCUAUACAAAACAAUUGAAAGCUUGUUUCAAGAGCCUACAGGAAGGAAGGAAGUGAAGCUUUUAUUUAAACUCGUAUUUACUGGCUAAGCAAAGUUAGCAUUGGAAUUAUCUAAAAGUAAAUUGCCAAUCCAAUAAAGAUUUCAAACACCA